AUGGCACCCGAACAAGGAGACGAAGAACAAGAGAGAAAGCAUUACGAGGCAAUGAACAUGAACGGAAAAUUGAGGCCAAUGGCAAUGAGAAUUGGAUUCAGAAACGUUAACAGAUGGAACCAGAGGCAAUUGGUGACCAUAUUUCUGGAAUACGAUCGGAUAAACCCGAUAAGGGCCCGCAAUAUUCCAAAGGACCACAAAACGACUCCCGCCGAGAUUGAAGCGCAGCAUGCUCUGGUAGAUCGGUUGAUCAAAGAAAAAAAACUCCAAGUUCCAGUUCCUAAACGAAAACGGGAAAAUGGCACAACGACAGGAAACAACAAGCGGGUAAAGAUUUCGUCUGGGGAUGACGACCAUAUAUCACCCUCAGACAGUGGGAAAUCCAAUGACAAACGCGUGCCUAGACAUGUCUCAGGCACGAAAGGAGUGUCUAAGACAGGUUCCAGAUCAGAUGGAGUACAAAAGAAGUCCAAGCAGACAGAGAAGCCGGCUGCAACCAAGCCAGCUCCAACCAAGCCAGCUCCAACCAAGCCAGCUCCAACCAAGCCAAGGUCCCGUCAAGCAUCAACUCUUAAGCCGAGACAAAAGAAAACUAACAUGGACGUUGGAAAUCCGCAAGAUGCAGAAUCUCAAAACCCUUCGGCUCCAGCCGUCGAUCCGCCCUUUGUGACGCCAGGUGCAAAUCCAGGAGACGAUGACGACAGCUCUGAAAGCGACGACUCCGACUCUGGCGAUGACAAUGGAGACGAUGUGCAUGACGACGAAGACAUUGAGGAGAGAGACGAAGAUUUUGAGGCCGAGGAAAUAAGCAAAGCACCAUCGAAAAACCAGGGUGCACCCAAGACCACUGGUACAUCCAAGGGCAAGGGCAAGGAUACAUCCGAGGUCAAGGCUAAGCCCCUUGGAUUGCACCUCGGAGUUCGCAAAAUCGAUAGGUAUACUAGCUUGGAUUGGGACCCUCUCAACGAGAGCAUCCCAAAUAGUCGACUUACGUGGUACGAACAAGAGCAACGCUUUCGCGCACAACAAGAGAAGACCCGCAAGGAGGCACAGGAAGAGGAGCCCAAGAAGGAGUGGGAUUGGAAGAAACAGUUGCGUAGAAAAGAAUAG